AUGCAGUAUGCAGUCAUUUCGAGCAGGCAGACUCCUUCAUAUACCGACAUCGACAUCGCUACCUGCUUGGCAUUCGCCAUCGCCGGUUUUGUCUUCAUGGCCGCUACCGCUUCAUUCGCCGCUUCCCCAUUUGCAGGUGUCAACAUCGCUGGUUUCGAUUUCGGCUCUGAUAUCCAGGGGAAGCACAAUCUCACCAGUGCUUUCGGUCCGGUAGUCGCCAUCGGAAACGGCAAUAGUGAUGGCGCAGCCCAGAUGCAACACUUUGUGCAGGAAGGAUUGAAUACGUUCAGGUUACUCAAUCUUUCGGCCAGCGCUUUGCCCACUUCUGAUGGAAAGCUGGACCAAAAGAACGUGGGACAGUACAACGAGCUUGUCCAAGGAUGUCUUGCAACCGGGUCUUACUGUAUCAUUGAUAUUCACAACUAUGCGCGCUUCGAGGGCCAGGUUAUCGGGCAGGGAGGGCCAACAAAUGAACAAUUCGCUAACCUGUGGUCGCAAAUCGCAAACAUGUAUAAAAAUGAGUCCAGGAUAAUAUUUGGUGUGAUGAAUGAGCCUCAUGAUAUCCCAGAUCUCUGCUUGUGGGCCGACACGGUACAAGCCGCCGUCACUGCCAUCCGGAUGGCAGGUGCUACACAGCAAAUGAUCUUGCUCCCCGGCACUGAUUUCACUGGAGCUCAGACUUUCGUCAGCAAUGGAUCUGCAGGGAAUCUCAGUCGGGUACACAACUUGGACGGGUCAAACACAAGUCUAAUUUUUGAUGUGCAUAAGUACCUGGAUUCAGAUGGAAGUGGAACUCAUCUUGAAUGUGUGUCAGACCACGUGCAGGAUACGUUCACACCUCUUGCGAAAUUCUUGGUGACCAAUGGCCGGAAGGCCAUCCUGAGUGAAACUGGAGGAGGCAAUACAACUUCGUGCAUCACGGACCUCUGCAACGAACUCGCGUUCAUUAACACGAAUACAGAAGCUUAUAUCGGUUAUACUGCCUGGUCAGCUGGGGGCUUCUCGCCGCUUGAUUACAACUUGACUUUGACGCCGAAGGGUUCAGCUGGGAACUUCACUGACCAGGAGCUUGCGAGCCGAUGUGUUAUCGGCACUCGGAAUGGAUCCAACAUGACUCUGACCAAUGCCACAAAGACUUCCAUAGGCUCGGGCUCAGUACAGAGCACGAGACCUCAGUCGGCCUUGCCCCAAGUUGUGCUUGCUACUAGUACACAGAAUGCGGUAGAGCUUGGAUGGAUAGUAGCACUGGCUGCGCUUGUGCUGCUUCGAGUAAGAAAUGCUAUGCACAAGUAUGUGCUCUCAAGCGGCAUCCGGCUGAAGAGGAUCAACAUGCCGAGCAAAGGUGUCCAGACGUACACCUAUAUCGCGGUGCCGGGCUGCUCCGUCGAGCUUUCAGUCCCAGGUCAGACUAUCGUCAAGCACGAGCUGCAUCAGUUCUGGAACGGCGAUCUCGAGAUCGAAUCCAGCAAGAUCGACAGCUUCUUCAACAAGACUGGUCGUUUUGUUUUUAAGGUUCUACAUGAGGGUAGACUUAUCACGGAGCAAUGGGUCGAGGUGAACGCGAUCACAGGCGGCAUUGGCGAGGGUACCAUGACAACGAUCGCAAAUACGCAUUCAGUCGUGCACCCGGACCCCAGCGUCAUCGUAUCCUUUGGAUUCUACGAAGCAGGCCAAGGUCAUGACAUUCUCCCCAACCGCCACCAGUGCUACAUCACCGUCACGCCUAAUUACUCUGACUGGCUAGGCCGGCUGGCGCCGAUCGGAUCUCCUCAAAGAGACCAACCAUUCCGGAAGCUCGUCCUUCCUGCAGCCCAUGAUGUGGGAAUGAAUAGCAUGCAAAACUGUGCUACAAUUCUCAAGCACGCUGGUGGUGCAGUGGUCCGAACGCUCGUCGCCAACGAAGAGAAAUAUACACAGGUCAUGGCAGAUCUUGCCGACAAGAUCUCGGGGCCAGCCGUGUCUCUCAUAGCGCCGAGUAUCGUGUCGAGUCUUGCAAUCACCCAAAAGGAUCCUCUUCCCGUUAUCCUCGCGUUAGGAGCCAGGUACUUUGAGUUUCGGCCUGCUCAUUGCCAUCACCAGGUCAGGCAGCACCUACCAGACAGGCUGUAUUUUCAACACAGUGCAAUUCCCGGGAUGGCCUACGAUGAGUUUCUGACAGAGGUCGUACGAUUUCUCGUAGACAACCCGACCGAGAUCAUCGUUGUUCAGCUUCGAUGGGAUGGCGUCCCUGGUGACUGUGAGCGUCCAAAUGAUGAGCAGCAGAACGAAUGCCUACAGGCUGCUCUGCGCCAAUUCGAGGGACACCAGCAACAUGUGAUCGCUGGGAACCUAGAUGAUCUUCGGAAUAGAACAAUCGGUGAUCUACGUCGCGAUCGGCGCCGUCUGAUCAUGCUCCGCGAUGUUGACUCCAUGUCCACUUACACGGAUGCAGGUAAUGCCACGCUCAAUGGCGAUAGUAUUGUCGAGGGUUUCGGCGCCACGCUGCAUCCGGAAUGCUGCGGUGGGCGGGGCUUCAUCAACAUCCAGUGCCAGGCCACAGCCUCGAAUAUCCCGAAGGCAGUGGUUUACAGUGUUCUCGAAGCAAGCGCCUCUACAAGCUGUUUAUUGGCCACGAAGCCCAUCUGCGACAGCAAGACACUUCCAUGGGUGAGAGAAAACGCACUGCGAGCUUGUGGAGAUAAUGACCUUGUGGUCGUUAUGAACGAUUUCUUUGAUGGCGCGACUGCUGACGUGGCGAUGGAACUGAGCCCCAAGCUCCGAAACUUCAUGAAGUCAUCACGACCCGUACAGCACUCCUUGCCUCACAUCGCAGAUUUCAGCCUCGGCGAAGAUGUUGAAUUUGUUAUUGGCCUCACUGCAGCCGCCUUGGCAGGCAACGAAGUCGUCAAGAUAGCGCAAAGCCACCAGAACCGCGGCAGUCACCUUGUCAAGGCCGGGCUGAGGAUCACCACGAAAAUCAUAAUGGUCACAACCGGCAGCGUCCACAGAAACAACACUCUCGGGGCAUGUUUGAGGGAAACGAGCACGACAGUCACGGUCAUUCGGACCACCACAAACAGGAUCAGUAUUCUCGCGACGUUCGGCGCCACUCUGAUCGCAAGCAUAUUCAUCACCACGAUGAGGGAGAAUCUUGUUCACAUCAUCACCACCGACAUAGCCUAG